AUGCAGCAGAAGCAGGGAACCCUGGAGCCCGCCGGGCCCCUAGACUCUGGGCCCCACCCUUUCCGCCCGUCAGAUGAACGUCACAAAACCGUGUGCCACGACCCGCCACGGGGCCCCGGGCCCUCAGGGGCCCUCAAGGGGCGGUCGACCUAUGGGACGCGUCAACACCCAGAACCGCCCCCCGACCCCGGGCCCGCCUGGACGCCGGUGCCGCUCGCGAGCAUCAGCCGGCCGAGACCCACCACCCUGGGGGCCAAGGUGAAGCCGUGCCGGGGGCCCGAAGUCCGCUCCCGGGAGAAGGACCCCUGCAACCCCCUCUGCAUCACGGUGCCCCAGGGGGCCAGAUGCCUCUCCUCAUCCCCCACCAGCGAGCCCUCACGGACUCAACACAGCCCCCACAGCCCCCGGCCGGGGCCGGGGCCCCAACCCGACAACAAGACCCCUGGAGGAUCAACCCCGGCAGGAGAGACCAAUGACUUCAGGGUGCAUAUAGUCACAUGGAACGUGGGUUCAGCCGUCCCUCCAGUCGACAUCACCUCUCUCUUUGGCCGGGAUGUGGUGGAUGGAACUAUAGACAUGUUCAUCAUCGGGUUACAGGAAGUGAACUCCAUGAUUAACAAGCGGCUUAAAGAUGCUCUCUUCACCGACCAGUGGAGCGAGCUCUUCAUGGAAACUCUGGGUCCCUUUGGCUACGUGUUGGUGGCGUCCCAGCGCAUGCAAGGGGUUCUACUGCUGGCCUUCUCCAAGUUCUCACACCUGCCGUUCCUACGAGAUGUGCAGACGGAGAAAACACGCACGGGACUGGGUGGCUGCUGGGGUAAUAAAGGCGGUGUCAGCACCAGGAUGACCAUGUUUGGUCACCCCGUCUGUUUCCUCAACUGCCACCUGCCAGCUCACAUGAGGAAUCUGGACCAGCGCAUGGAGGACUUUGAGAGCAUUCUGCAGCAGCAGCAGUUUGAGGGCGGCACCGCCACCGGCGUGCUGGACCACGAUGUGGUGUUCUGGUUUGGGGACCUGAACUUCCGUAUCGAGGACUAUGACAUCCAUGUGGUGAAGUGUGCCGUCGACAGCCAUAAACUGCCUCUGCUGUGGGAGAGGGACCAGCUUAAUAUGGCUAAAAACACAGCACUAAUCUUGGACGGCUUCACGGAGGGCCCGCUCAACUUUCCCCCUACGUACAAGUUUGAUGUGGGCACUCACACGUAUGACACAAGUGCCAAGAAGCGGAAACCUGCCUGGACCGACCGGAUUCUGUGGCGCCUCCGCCGCACCGGCUCCUCGGUCCCCAACCACAGCGCCGCUCUGCGUCGCGGCCUGACCUCAUGGCUCGGCGGCACCACCAAGGUGACGCAGCACGAGUACCGCAGCCACAUGGACUACACCGUCAGCGACCAUAAGCCAGUGUCCGCCAUCUUUUCCCUUCACUUCCCCUUCAAGGUGGACAUCCCACUGGUACAACUGCAGGUGGAGAAGGAAUGGUGCAGCGUAUCGGACGCUACUGUCCGGUUCAGCGUAGCGUCUAGCUACCAGCGCAGCUCAUGGGAUUGGGUGGCGCUUUACAAGGUUGGAUUCAGACAUCAUAAGGAUUAUGUAGCCUUCAUCUGGGCCAAGGGAGAGCAUGUUGCACAGGUCACCUUUCCGGAAGAAGACAUUCCGAGAGAAGAUGGAGAAUACAUUUUGGGUUACUACAGUAACAACAUGAACACCAUCGUAGGAAUGGCAGGGCCAAUCCAGCUCCGAGUCCCCGUGCACAGUCCCACCUCGGGUGGGGCCGAGAGCUCAGAAGUCAGCUCCGAGGACGACAGCACCCUGGUCCUGCUGAGCGUCUCCUCUCGCAGCCCCAGCCCUAAAAACGGAGGCAAACACCACCACCAGCGCCGCAGCAGCCGGCGUAGCCGCAGCCCCGCCGUCCCCUCCCACCCGCUGCCCUCCCUGCAGGGCCUGAGCCUCUCUCCGAGGCCCAAAGACCCCCCGGGCGGCAGCCGCUCGCCGGGCUCCGCCGGCAAGAAGGAGCGGCUGGUCUCCCCGGACACGCUGCCCUCGCCCUCCCUCAGCCCCCUCAGCCCCCGGAGCCCCAUCAGCCCCAGGAGCCCUGGCGGCACGGUGACCGUGCCCGAGGCCUUGGUGGCGGCCAUCCUGGGGGAGCACCGGCCUGGUCCGGCCUCCAGCCCUUUGGGGGGGGGCGCCAAGCGGACAGGGAAACACACACACGGUGAUGUGGGUGUGUAGUGUGAGUGGCGGUGUGUGUUUUAUUCGGGGCUUUGGAUACUCUUUCAGUACACAGCAGUUAGGGCAAUGAGCGGUGGACUGUUCAGAGGCUGGCUUGAGCCACACUGUAGCUGUGCUGCAGACUCAAGGUGAGGCACAGAUAGGAGCUAUAUUUUAGUAUGCAACAUUGUAGCCUUGUAGCAUAAUACUCAUCCCUGUCUCG